GCUGCGAGGCUGACAUCACUGAUAUCUCAAAUCCUCUUCCUCAUUUCUUUUUGUUUUAUGGAAUUCCCAUACCCAUUGCUCAGUCGGGAGUACAUACUGGAAUUUAUCAAUUAUCAGUCAGUCAGUCCUUUUCGCGAUCACUCUCUCUCUCGUUCAAAGUAACAAGUCUAAUUAGUUGUUCCAAAGGUCUCUGUUGAAAAUAUUUCUUUCUCAUAGUGUCGGAAGUGCAAGACAAAAAAUGUCUAGUUACCUCAGCAGUGGUAAAGGUGGAAUAUUCUCUGUCGAAGAUGAUGUGGACGAUGAGACGUUUUUAGCAGGCUCCAGAACAGGUAACACAGGAUUUCAAUCCUCUGAUGCGUAUUCAAGCAAGCCCUCAUAUCCUGUCAAUGGAUCCUCAUCUUUCCAAUACAAUGGUAUGUCAGCAGAACAAGAGAGAAUCCAAGCACUCCUGCGAAAGAAAGCGGAGGUAGAAAGACGCACUUUGGAAUCUUCAGCGAAAUCCUUGAGUCUUCUCCGUGAAACUGAACAAGUUGGCACAGAAACAGCAGAGGAGCUGCUACGACAACGGGAACAGCUGGAGCUCACAGAAAGGAGGAUAGAUGAUAUAAAUAACACUCUACGUUUUAGUCAAAAACAUAUUAAUGGAAUCAAGAGUGUGUUCGGGAGUUUAAAAAAUUAUAUUAAAGGUAACAAAAAUGAUCCAAAAAUGAAUCCGACUUCAGCAAUCGGAAAAGUACCGGAAUUAACAGAAGAUGCCGAUACUGCAGCCUCUCGCAGUAGCCUUCGAGCGUACGUUCAGCAGGAUCAAACCAUCACAAAACCUGAAAAUCAUCCAGGUUUACGCAUUCGAGGGUUGUAUAGUGAUGAAGUUGAAGAUGACCCAUGGCAGCGUAAAGUCCAAGCUCAGAAAGCAGAUGUCAAUGUGGAAGCAAUUUUAGAUAGUAAUCUGGAUGAAAUGGCGUCAUCCAUUUCUCGGCUGAAAGGUUUAGCUUUGGAUUUAGGUGAUGAAAUUGAACAACAAAAUGACCUGAUAGACAACAUAAUGGUGAAAACAGACAAGGCUGAUUUCAGCAUAAAUCGUCAACAAAAAGAGAUCAAUAGACUUUUGAAGAAAAAGUAAACAUAUAUCUUCAUUCCAUGUGUACCUACUCAAAAAUCGAUUUUUAAACUAUUUAAUUUUUGUUUUUCAUGUUAUAUUUUUAUUUGAUGUUUUGUAUUGUACUCUCCCUCUUGCUCAUAUGCAAGAAGAGCGGAAGAAUUCAAGAGUGCCCUAGAAGCAUGAUAGCUCAAAAAGGUCAGAGUCAGUAUGGAGGUGACCUUUUAAAUAUUAAUAUUCAGCAUUAAUCUUGGAUGUUAUACAUGUUUCAAUCCUAAAAUUUUCUUCAAGUUAUAUGUGUUCUCUACAAAGUGAUGUUGGUAUCGUCAGUAUUGAGCUAGGGUGGAAAUUAGCAUCACAGAUUUUUUGGACAAUCAUUAAAGGGAAUGGAGGUAUGAAUUGUGAUCUCAACCUUACAAAGCCUUAGAAAAAAGCCGGUCUUUGAGCUUUUUGAAUAUUAUUAUAAAAGAAUAACACAAGAACAGCAUUAUAAAGCUGAAGGGGACAAUAUGAGCAUUGAGAUAGAUUUUCCUGCUUGUGCAGAGCCUCCUGAAGCUAAUUUGUAUUAAGCUCAUAUCCAUGAAAAAGAUCAGAAAGAAGUGAGCAUUAAAGUCUUGCCGCUCUGGCUCCAACUUUUGAAUUGAAUGGUUCCGUAAAUAUGCCAGAGAAUUUCUUUUACUUCUGUUGCUUCUUACCGUCAAAUUAUGUUUUCUUCGAUUUUAAUGAUGGAAUAUCUCACUGUUUGCAUGUACCUACAGUUAUAAAAAACCUAAUUUGAUGUGUAAUUCCAAAAUCUAGAUCACAUUCAUUUGAGAAUAUUUUUAGUAUUUUCAUUAAUCAGAAAACAUACUCAAGGUCACUUUCUCUUACUUUUUUAAACCUCUUCUGAUGAGAAAAUGCACUGAGGCCUAAUUUUUCAUACUCUUUGAACAAUUUCUUAGUCAAUUCAGUUACAAUCUAAUACCACAUGAAUCUUUGUUACUUUUGCAACAUGCCAUGUGUAUUUUCUACUUUUUUAAACCAACUUUUUUAAAUCACAGCUUUUGAAUUUUGACUUUCUUUUACUUUCCUCUCUAUUGAGUUGAUAGAAGUAUUUUAACUCUCACUUAUAGUUCAUUGAAAUGUUAGUUUCUUGUGCCCCAGGUAAGUAGAAUCGUAAAAGUAAGAACACAACCAUUUACUUAAAUGAAAAGUUGGACAUUAUUUACUAUUGAGGAGAUUCAAUCCUAACAUGAGAUGCUGUGAUUUUAAUAGAACGAAAAUGAAUCCAUGGAUGAAUCUAAUGUAACUAUGCAGAUAAACUCUUUCAAUGAUAGAUGUAUUUUAGUUUAAUAACAUUCAGUAAUAGGGUCUUGUCGUUAUCACUUGCCAGGAAAAUACUUUUCUAUUUACUGCCUUGCGAAAAGCGCGUAAUGUACUUAUGUGUCUUCCUACAACGAGCAGGCUCUAGAAUUAUCUCCCAUGUUACUCUUCAUGGCAAUUAAGAAUAUCUCAUUGAUCAAGUCUAAUUCCCUCUCUGUUAUUAAGCCGAAAUUUUACCCAAUUUAAACCAGCUCGAGCUUGAGCCAAAAUGUAUAGUUUGCUAAUUUUUAGAGAUAGCAGAUUAUAUUUGAAAUUUUGAUAGUAACCAUACUAUAGAAAAAGAAAUGAAAGUGGCAGAUGAACUGUCCCAAUUUUUAAAAUUAGCAAACUGAUUUGACCCAAGCUCUCUUACUCUAUGUUACAUCCUCUCGAAGUGCAGGGUUCAACAUAAUAUCUGGCGCCUUAAAUCAAAUUAUUGGCACCCAAAUUCUUCAUUACAAUAUUCUUUUCUGUUUGGUUAGGUCAUUUUAAAGUUCUUGAGAGGUUGUGAGUGAUCACCCAUCGUUCAGUCAGGAAAUAGCUUAAGCUUAGUGAAGUGUUAGAGGACUGGCUGGCUCUUAUCCUUCCUUUUUAUCUUUUCCCCCUUCCUUUCCUGCUCUCAGUUUUCUUCUACUUUCUUUCCAUUUUCCUGUAAUUUCCCAUUCUCUUAUCUUUUAUUUUUCACCUCUCUAAUCUUUGUGUUGUUCCAUUUGCCUACUGCUACCGCUCCAUGAUUGUAGGUCUUAAUCUGCUUAUUAUUCUUCGCCCAUGGAGUAUGGCCUCUAACUGAAGAAUUUUAUUACUUUUGGCUACUCCCUUAUCAAUAUGUUAGGAGCUUAGACACAUGAAACUAGAUUGGCAAAGUUCACCUGAUUUCUUAAUUUUCUCAACUAAAAUUCACUUUUUUCUAAUUUUUUAUGGCCUCUCCUGUGGUUAAUGUAUGUAUGUACUCCCAUUCUGAGUUGUUUUACCCCUUUCAAAUUUUAUGGCAUUAAAUAUAAAAUUAUACCCAUCA